AGAUAUUGAAGUCUGCUUAUGCUAUUCAACAGUUGUUUGUCGCUCCGGAGAGCAUUAGAGACGCUCACUUAACGUCCUACAUAUCUAUAUAAAGUGCUAAAUUCUAGAACGACAUAAGAACGUUGCAGACCUAUUCUUAGUGAUCAGGAUUCACACACUAAAGUUUCUAAGAAUACUUUUUUUGUAUUUCAAAGAAAAGAAAUGGCUUCUUCAAUGUGUCCAUUAUCAUCGGAAUCCUUGAAAAUAUCUCAGCGACAACUUUUUGUACCUUCGCUGCAGGAAAUCAAGAAUGUUGUCAGUCCAGCAUUGGCUGAGAAUUUUUCCGAAGUUUUCGUGGAAGUUGUCGACUGUCCGGAUUUAACCCAGCAACCAUUCACACUCGCUGCUGCAGUUGGUAGCAGUGCAAUACAACCUCAACCACCAAGGAGGGAAGCCCGGGAAUUUACAAAUUGAACAUGGUGCAUGAAUGAUGAAUUCUACAGAUAUUUUUCAAUCAAGUUUCGUGCAAAAAUGAAUUCUCGAAGAAGCAAAUUCAGUCGGAAAAUCUUGAAUAAAUGAUUAAAAGUCGGUGAAAAUAACGGCUGUGGAAUAGAACUAUUUGUUUUACUUCGAUUGUUAAUUGGA